GACUGUACGCGGACAUUUAGCAUUCGAUUGACAGAGGUAGGCAAUGUAGGACUAGACAUAGGCCGCGUAGGUAGUACUCGUUGCGCUCUUCUACAGUAUGGCUACGAUUAGUGCCGGCUGCAAUUUGCGUCUGCAAGUGUUGUAAAAUAAAGUCAUGGUUAUCGCAAUGCGCCGUCGGUUCACCAAAUAUAAAAUUGACGGACAAUAAGUCACUAUCUCAACGAAUCGCGAUAAAUCAUGAUAUCCCAAAGAAAGUAUUCCAAUGUAACAGGAAGAUUGAAAGGGAAGCGUUCAAAAGAGCUCAUGUCCUCUUCCAGUCUUUCUGGUAUGUCGCAGUUAUCCAAUAGUAGCGAGGAAGCAUUGGAAGCUUUGGUACACAAAUCUGAUAAUACAGAAAACACAACGAAUGAAAGAAAUGCAAUAAACAACGAAUGGUUAUUAAAUGGACCAAAUGGAAGCAAGACUCCUGUUUUACGCUUCAAAUGUUCCGCUUUAGCUACGCCACCAAAAGAUCCACCUGCGAAGCAGCUACAUAUGACCUACAAGAUCUUUCAAACUGAUACUAGACUCAUCAAUCUUCUGCUGCAAUCACAUGGCUUAAUGGAGGUUCCUAUGAAUGAGACAGAUUUUAACGUACUGUGGAUGGGAAGUCAUCCAAAGCCGGAUAUCUUGCGGAACUUGAUGCCUUAUCAAAAAGUAAACCAUUUUCCUAGGUCUUAUGAAAUUACCCGUAAGGAUCGCCUUUACAAAAAUAUUGAAGCUAUGCAGAGGAGUAAGGGCCUUCGAAAUCUCGAUUUUAUACCCCAGACAUUUCUAUUGCCUACUGAAACCAGAGACUUGAUUUCGGCGCAUUUCAGAUAUAGAGGACCAUGGAUCGUCAAGCCUAAAGCCAGUUCGCGAGGCCGUGGCAUUUACAUUGUUAAUAAUCCUGAGAAGAUCCUGACAGAUGAAUCGGUUAUUGUGGCACAGUACAUAAAUAAUCCGCUUUUAAUCGACGGACACAAAUGUGAUUUACGUCUCUAUGUAGCUGUAACGAAUUACGAUCCCUUGCUAAUUUAUUUAUACGAGGAAGGUUUAGUCAGAUUUGCAGCUGUUAAAUAUGACGGCAGAAGUCAAUAUAUUUGGAAUCCUUGCAUGCAUCUUUGCAAUUAUAGCAUAAACAAAUUCCACGUGGAUUAUAUAAAGAGUGAAGAUCCUGAUGCCGAGGAUGUAGGACACAAAUGGACAUUGUCGGCAUUACUUAGACAUUUACGCUCAAUGGGUCAAGAUACGGAAUCGCUUAUGCAGCGAAUAGAAGAUAUUAUCAUAAAGUCAAUUCUUGCCACUGCAUCUGGAAUCGUCAGUGGCUUGAAGCAAUUCGUGAAACAUCCUGAGACAUGUUUUGAGCUAUUUGGCUUCGAUAUACUAAUCGAUGAUACGCUGAAGCCGUGGCUAUUGGAAGUAAAUUUAACUCCUUCAUUGGGAUGCGAUUCACCACUAGAUGUUAGACUGAAGUCAGCUUUAAUGGCUGAUUUACUUACUCUCGUCGGCGUAGCUGCUGUCGAUCCAAUCUUGCGUUCUCAAAAUUUAAAUCGUGCUGCCGUAAAUUCCAAUAAAAAGAUAACUAGUUAUAGAAGAGUACAAUCUGCGGAAACAUUGCUUCAAGGAAGAAAGAAUAGAAAUAAUAAAAGUAAAACAGGUUUAAGCUCGGAACAACAACGAAUAGUAGCGUCUGCAAAAGCGCAGUUCGAAAGAAGAGGCGGAUUUGUUAGGAUAUUUCCAAGUCCGAAAUCUUGGGAACUUUACUCGCAAUACUUAGAUCCAAUUACAGGUGCACCAAUGAUAUCGGAUCCGCUAGGUCCAAGAAGAUUACCCCAACAUAUUAAUACGAAUCAUAAUCUUAUGUUGCAUGAACAAUUAUUUCCUGCAGCCAAUCGUAUUACUGGCUAUAUUAUUCCAGAAGUGACAUUAGAUAGAUUAUCUAGGUAUGGAGCAUCAUAAUUAUUUCACAGAUAUUAUAGAUUAGCCACAUUUUUGUUCAUAAAACUAUUUUUUUUUUUCGUAUAG